AAACAUUUAAGUCUUCCUGUUUAUGUUGUCAAACAUCUGGGCAACACGCGACAACGAAUAUUUUCCUUGUUACACUACGGAUUCAAUUCAUGGCCACUGAAAUCUUUCCAAGUUUAAAAGUGUUAAACCUUGAAUUUAAGGAUGGCUGCCGGUUGAAUAUCUUUGUAUUGGGAAGAACCAUGAACAUCCGCAGAAAAUGUAGCACUAUUGCAAAUGUAGCCCAUGCUAGGUUUUUGUGCAUGGCAACAUGGGAUUCAGUGGAAAAGGAUCCAAAUAUGAUUCCACUAGUCACUCUUAAAAUGUCAUGGUGUCAGAGAUGUGUUAUGUCACAGUCAGCCAUCCAAGUCUGGGGUUCCCUCCUCAGAAGACAUCAAUUUUCCACCACCUAUGUGCCAUUCAAUAUCAGAAAAUCAGUGUCUAAGCAAGUCAAGUCUGAUUCAUCUGGGUCUUUUGGAGAAAAAGCUAAGGAGGCCACUCGCACAACAUCUUAUACAGCAGUAGUCUUGGUAGGAGUGGGAGUGACAGGACUUAUGCUUUACUCUGUAUUUAAGGAGCUUCUGUCAUCCUUCUCACCUCAGUCUGUAUACAGUGCUGCUGUAGAGAAAUGCAUAGCAAACUCACGAAUCGUAGACCUCUUAGGAGACUCUGUCAAGAGUUAUGGAGAAGAAAGCCGGCGUGGACGCAGGCAGCAUAUCAGUCAUCUUCCAUAUGAGGUAAAUGGGGCCAAGGGACUAAGAAUCAAAUUUUAUUUACAAGGUCAACGUCGAACAGCAACUGCUCACCUUGAUGCUCGGGAAACAUCCUCAGGUUGGGAGUUUCGAUAUCUGUUUGUACAGCUUGAUGCUUAUCCUUAUGAAGUUAUUGUUAUUGAGGAUAAUCGAGGAAAAUCAUCGGAGUCAAGUACAGUGUUUCCCAGCCAAGCAGAUAUUUCAACAUUGUCACCAGAGAGCAAUAGCGGUGUUGGGUUUCUCACACCUAUUUUCCCUUCAAAGUGAGACCUAUGAACACAGUUGUGGUGUUAAAGAAUGGAUUUAUAUUGUAUAUAGAUACUUUCAUAGUUGAAGCCUACCUGUUAGAAAUCCUUUUAAUGGUGUUGAAAGUACAAAAUCUUAAAUCUUUAUGCCUUAAAUAUUAUUUGUAUGGGAUGGUGUCACCAUAAUGUUUGUUUCAAUUUUGUAAUUGGAAUAUCAGAAAGAAAUAAUAUUUGGUGAUU